GGGCGGGGAGAGAGUUAGCCUCUGAUCUCUUUUCUUCUGUCGGUCUGUACAGGGAGGGGUUAAAACUGGGACGAUCCCUUGUUUUCGAGCAUACACUUAAUAUUUAGAAAUACUUAGGCGACAAAAACACAGGGACAGAGCAGCCAGGUUGCAACUACUUGGAGCUCUCUUAGGAGCAUAUGAGAUGUUCUGAGAAGACACCUUUGCUCAUCAAGCUUUGAGUGCAUUCCUGGUUUUGUGGUGGGGCAGACCAUUCCAGCUGUGCAAUCAGACUUGGAUUACAAUCCUGUCUCCCCUGCGUCGUUAACCUUAGGCUUUUUGUUGUUGUUGUGUUUUUAAAGAUUUAUUUAUUUAUUUGAAAUGCAGAGAAGCAGAGAGAGAGAGGUCUUCCAUCCGCUGGUUCACUCCCCAUAUGGCUGUAAGGGCUGGAGCCGGGCCAAUCCAAAGCCAGGAGCGUGGAGCUUCUUCCGGGUCUCCCACGUGGGUGCAGGGGCCCAAGGACUUGGGCCAUCUUUUACUGCUUUCCCAGGCCACAGCAGAGAGCUGGAUCAGAAGCCGAGCAGCUGGGACUCCAGUCGGUGCCCAUAUGGGAUGCCAGCACUACAGGCAGCAGCUUUACCUGCUAUGCCACAGCGCUGGCCCCAACCUCAGGCUUUUUCAAGUUUAUUCAUUCAUUCUUUUCACUCCUCCUAGCUCUGGUUUUCUCAGCUGUGAAAUGGAUCCUGAUCUGAAGGAUCAUUGUGAAGAAUUAAUGAUACAUAAAUUAUCCCACUGAGUUGUUCAGAGCCCAGAAGCUUUGAGUCAGCUCUUCCUUUGAUUCAUGGUCAGUCCGUCAACAAGUCCUGUUGGCUCUGCCUUCAGAGUAGAUCCCAGAUUCCUCUGUUUGGCUCCGGCUACUGCCCUGGGCCAAGCCGCCGUCAUCAGUCCCCCAGCUGGUUAGGUAGCCAGCCUGUCCAUGUUAACUUCCACCCUGCCUUAAGCAGUUCUUCCCGGAGCAGCCAGGCUGAAGCCUUGCAUAUGUCAGUGCUGUCGUGAUACGGCCAUGCUUCCUAGGAGUUUUUCACAGACAACCUGUGGGGCACACUCCCUUGCUCAUGGCAGGAAGCCUUGGAUGGAUUAGAGCCGCCACAGCUGGCCACGUUGCUGCUGGGGAUGCCUAGGGAAGGGGAGGUGGCCAGGUACAGCUCAGUGUGGCCACUCACCCUGCUGGCCCUGAAGUCCACAGCCUGUGCUCUGGCCUUCACCCGGACACCUGGCUUCCAGACCCCCUCAGAGUUCCUGGAGAACCCCAGCCAGAGCUCCCGACUCACAGCUCCAUUCCGGAAACAUGUCAGGCCUAAAAAGCAGCAUGAGAUCCGGAGGCUGGGAGAGUUGGUGAAGAAGCUGAGCGACCUUACGGGCUGUACCCAGGUCGUGGAUGUGGGCUCAGGCCAGGGCCAUCUGUCGCGCUUCAUGGCUCUGGGGCUAGGACUGACAGUGAAGAGCAUUGAGGGGGAUCAGAGACUGGUGGAGAGAGCCCAGCGCCUGGACCAGGAGCUCCUGCAAGCGCUGGAGAAGGAGGAGAGGAGGAACCCACAGGUCAGAAGCGGCCCUCGCCACUGCCCUCACCACGUGGUCAGGUGGGUCGACCCCACGGCCCUGUGCGAGGAGCUUCUGCGUCCGCUGGAGAAGCCGGCUCGGGGUGGAGCCCGCCUGCUGCUGACAGGCCUGCACGCGUGCGGGGAUCUGAGCGCCGCCCUGCUCAGGCACUUCUGCUGCUGCCCUGAGGUGGUGGCACUGGCCUCCGUGGGCUGCUGCUACAUGAAGCUGAGCGACCCGGGCGGCUACCCGCUGAGUCAGUGGGUGGCUGGGCUGCCUGGCCACACACUGCCCUACCGGCUACGUGAGGGGGCCUGCCACGCCCUGGAGGAGUAUGCCGUGCGGCUGCAGAAAGCCGGCCCCGGCCUCCGAACCCACUGCUACCGAGCGGCCCUGGAGACAGUCAUCCGACGUGCCCAGCCAGAGCUCCGGCGGCCAGGAGUGCAGGGCAUCCCCAGGGUCCACGAGCUCAAGAUUGAAGAAUACGUGCAGAGGGGACUACAGCGAGUAGGCCUGGACCCCCAGCUGCCGCUGAACCUGGCUGCCCUUCAAGCCCACCAGGCCCAGGAGAACCGCGUGGUCGCCUUCUUCAGCCUGGCCCUGCUGCUGGCCCCACUGGUGGAGACGCUGAUCCUACUGGACCGGCUGCUCUACCUUCAGGAGCACGGCUUCCAUGCUGAGCUCCUGCCCAUCUUCAGCCCUGAGCUAUCUCCCAGAAACCUGGUGCUGGUGGCCACCAAGAUGCCCCUGGGUCAGGCUUUCUCUGUCCUGGAGACUGAAGACAGCUGACAUGUGCAGUCCCUCAGGAAAGCACCCGGAUGCCGGCGUGGCCCAGCGCACCUAGCACAGGAGCCAGCUCCCCGCCUCCUCCCGGAAUCCUGCUGCCCCUCAGCUUGUGUGUCAUAACUUCUUCCCCCUGUGUGUGUGAUAUCAUAGUGUGUAAAAUCUUGUUUUUAACUUAUUAAAAAAUGGAAGACUGUA